CUAGGAGACGGGGACGCGGCCUAGUGACAAGUGGAGGCGACGCCCAAGGUCCCAGUUGUUAAGGGGGUCGAACAACCCCGCGACCACCGACCAUGCCCUGGAAGGGCAAGAAGCUCAAAGCCCCCCUGAAUGAGGAGGAGAAGAUCCUGCUGCUGCAGCAGCAGCAGCUGGCCGAGGAGGAACGGGUCAAGAAGAGGGAGGAUCUGCUGAGUCAGUUCCUGAAGGACAAGCUGGCGAAGGAGGAGCACAACAGCGCCCUGAACCUCCAUAAAAUCAACACGCAGUGGAGGUCAGUGCUGCGGGAGGUCAAGGCCACCGAGUUGCGCAAAGACAUCGAGAUCCUGAGCCAGACGUUCGAGCGGGUGGUCGACUGCAAAGACAGCGUCAUCAAGUCUCUGGCCAAGGACCUGUCGGAAGCGGAGGAGCAGUACGCGCAUGCGCUGCGCAGCCACCUGCACAACAUCGACCAGCUGCUGGACCUGCAGCGCCACCGCCUGGCCUACCUGGAAGAGUCCUACGCCGCGGAGCUGGAGGCCCUCAGCAAGGAGUUCGAGACCGAGAGGAAGAUAAUCAUUGACCACCACGAGAAGGAGAGCCGCUACCUCCAGGACGUCUACCUGGCCAUGGAACAGACCUUCACCGACACCGAGUACGAAGGCAAACUGGAGUUCCAGAGCAUGAGGGAUGACCUCAAAAACAAGAACGUGGAGGAGAAGCAUUACCUGCGGAUGCAGCUGGAGAACGUGGUGGAGGACCUGUGGAGGAGGUUCCAGCAGGCCCUCAAGAGCUACACCGAUGCCACUGAGGAUCGCAAGAUAGCCUUCGAAACCCUCAAGGUCAAAGACGAGAAGAGCUCCCGGGAGAUCGACAUGCAGAUGAAGAAGCUGCAGAAACUCCAGGACUCCAUCGCCGUCCUGAAGAACAAGAUUGCGGUGCACACGCGGGAGUGCGAGGAGCAAAACCAGCACAUCCGCGAGGAUAAGGACAUGGUCCUCCGGCAACUAAGGAGGCUCAAGAGCCAAAUGAACCAGGCCCGGGCCAAGGGCCGGAACUCCCUGGCCAAGCUGACCUUGGAGAGCAGCGCCGCUCUCCAGGCGCUGAGGGAGCUGGUCGCCAAGGGCGACACGAUCCUGCGGUUGGCCGAGCUGUGCCGGAGCCUCGAGACAGAGGAGGAGAAGGUUCUGCCCUUCUACACCACCCAGCUGAAUGCCAAGGAGCAGAAAGAGGUGGAGCAGGAGGCCUGGGAGCCGCCCUCGCUGGAACUGACCAAGCUGAUGGAGGACUACAGCGGGCUGGAGCGGUUCUGGCAGCGCUACAACAAGGUGAAACUGGAGCAGCUGAGCCUGGUGCGGCGGCGGGAGGAGCUGCUGGUGGCCAACGGGCAGCUGCGGGAGGCCCUGCGCCUCUACCUCAACGGCAUCUCCGUCAACGAGGACGUGCUCUGCCACGAGAACACGCUCCUCAUCAUCCGGGGGCCCGGCCGCCCACCGGCCCCAGCCCCCUGGCCCGCCCCAGCCCCUGAGACCGUGUACAACGUCAUCGAGGCCGCCCACAUCGCCUCCCGGAUCCUGUGAUCUGCCCCCGCCACAUCCCCGAUUAAAAUUUCUCAUAAUCA